AUGACUGAUCCGAUUUCCAAGUUCAAACGCAUUGGCGUCGUCGGCGCCGGCAAUAUGGGGUCGAUGAUGACCUUUGCCUUUGCAGAACUGGGACUCGAUGUGUCAGUCUGGGAUGUGAAGAAGGAAAAUGUUGAUCAGGUCAUGAGAUGGGCCAAAGAUGCCAAGACUAGUAAGGGCAAGGUAGAAGGGUUCUACGAUAUCGACAAAUUCGUCAAAAGUCUAGACCAGGCGCCACGCAAACUGUUCAUGUUCUCGAUCACACACGGCAGCCCGGCGGAUUCAGUACUGUCCAUGAUCAAACACGACUUGAAGCCAGGAGAUAUUAUCCUCGAUGGCGGAAACGAGAACUACCGUCGGACAGAACGGAGACAGAAGGAGCUGCAGCCUCUUGGUGUCCACUGGGUCGGUAUGGGGGUCUCGGGUGGUUAUCAAUCUGCACGCAGAGGACCUAGUUUGUCCCCUGGCGGUGAUCGUAAGGCCAUCGAAGAGGUCCUUCCGUUCCUUGAGAUGUACGCUGCCAAGGACCGCAGGACGGGCCUUCCCUGUGUUACGUACAUUGGCCCCGGAGGUGCAGGUCAUUUUGUGAAGAUGGUUCACAAUGGAAUCGAGGGAGGAAUGCUCUCGACUGUCUGUGAAGCGUGGGCGUUACUGCACAAUGGUCUCGGAUUGCAGUACGAUGAGAUCGGUGACAUCUUUGAGAAAUGGAACAGCCACGGUGAACUGAAAGAGUCAUACCUGGUCCAGAUUGGAUCCGAAAUCUUACGAACCAAGAAGACCCCGUCAGGAGAUUACCAUGGAGAAGGCAGGAGCCAGGCUGAUGGAUACGUCCUCGACGAUGUCCUGGACAAAGUCGUACAAGACGACGACGGCACCGAAGGUACACCUUUCUGGACAAUAAUGGACACUGCUGCGCGUCAUGUUUCCGCUCCAACCCUAGCAACAGCCCACUACCUGCGUGUCGCCAGCGGAAACCGCGAGGAGAGGAUCAAAGUCGCCCAGAAACUUGGUGUGCCCAAACCACGCCCGCUAUCCGCAGUCAAGGACAAGGGCCAGUUUAUCGAAACUCUUCGUCGUGCAGUAUACUGCACCUUCCUCGCCUCUUUCUGCCAGGGUCUUGAAGUCAUCGCCAACGCUUCAGACGCCGAAGGCUGGGACAUCGACAUGGGCAAAUGCAUCCAGAUCUGGCGAGCCGGUUGUAUCAUCCAAGAGGAGUACAUUGCCGAUUUACUCCAGCCCGUGCUCUCCAACUCCAAGACCCCGAUCCGCAACAUCAAGCAGAUCGACGGCGUCGCGGCGGAAUUGCACCGGAACUAUGACUCGCUUAAGCAGAUCGUUAUGCUGGCUACGGAAGCAGACCAUUACAUUCCCGCCAUGUCUGCCACUUUGGAAUACCUCAAGUACUGCGGAGGCACCAUGUUGCCGACCAAGUUCAUGGAGGCCGAGAUGGACUUCUUCGGAGCUCACGCGUACGACAAGCCUGGUGUGCCUGGAGAAGAUCCCGGAAAGCAACAUCUUUCCUGCGCCAGUUCUCGUCUCGUAUCGCAAAACCUCGGAUCCGAAUCGAAUCCCCGAAGCAACUGGCAGGGAAGAUGGUCGCCGUCCCCAAGGAAUACAAAGCCUGUCCGGAUCGCCGUCAUCGGUGGUACCGGACUCAGGGAACUCCCGGGUUUCACGCAGGUUGCGACCCUGGAUAUCUCGACUCCCUGGGGCAAGCCCUCCGCUCCUAUCACUAUCCUCCACCACAAGUGCUCGACUGACGGCAAGGAUGUCGCUGUCGCCUUCCUGAGCCGUCAUGGCCUUCACCAUCAGAUUGCUCCCCACGAGGUGCCUGCUCGUGCCAACAUUGCUGCUUUGCGGUCUAUCGGCGUGCGAACCAUCAUUGCUUUCUCUGCUGUGGGAAGCUUGCAGGAGCAUAUCAAGCCUCGCGAUUUUGUGGUUCCAGACCAGGUCAUUGACAGAACCAAGGGCAUCCGGCCAUUCACAUUCUUCGAGGGAGGUGCUGUCGCUCACGUUCCCUUCGGUGACCCAUUUGAUGAGCGUGUUGCUAAGGUCGUUCGGGCUUGCGGACACAGCUUGGAGGGAGAGGGUGUCGUGCUGCAUGACCGCGGCACAUUGAUUUGUAUGGAGGGCCCUCAAUUCUCCACUCGCGCUGAAAGCAACCUAUACCGCUCUUGGGGUGGCAGCGUGAUUAACAUGUCCGCCCUUCCGGAGGCCAAGCUCGCCCGUGAGGCUGAAAUCGCAUACCAGAUGAUCUGCAUGUCGACGGAUUACGACUGCUGGCACGAGUCGACCGAGGAUGUCACCGUCGAGAUGGUUAUGGGUAACAUGAAAGCUAACGCAGUUAAUGCGAAGCAUUUUGUCACUGCUGUUCUCGACGAACUCGCUAAGGAAGAGCAUGCUGAACUUGUGCAGGCUAAGCACAUUGCUGGCUCUGUGAAGUUCGGUGUUAGCACCCCUGUCCCUCACUGGAGUGCCGAUGCUCGGGAAAAGUUGACUUGGCUCUUCCCUGGGUACUUUGAGUAG